GCGUGGCCGUCAUCGUCCCCUAGUCGUUGUCGCGGCGGCACACCAGAAUUGGAGCCCACGGCUCGUGUUGUGGCGAUUCUCCAAAUAAAGCACAUAAAUCGGUGAUGAACUGGCGAUUCUCGAUGCUUUUGCUGCUUUUAUUGUGUUUCGACGGACCCGGUAUCAAGUGUCAAGAUGAAGAACCAACGCCGAGAAAUGAGGUUCUAGGAGAGCCUACGGUCAGUUGCGCAGCAGAUGCAAUCUACGUUAAGCUUCGCACAAAAUCAACAUUUCUGGGUCAUGUGGAUGUUAAGUAUUCUCCAGACAAAGCAUGCUUUCAGAGCCUCGUGACAAAUAAUCAAAUUGAGAUUCUGAUUCCCCAUGAGGAAUGUAUGGUGCCACGGAGGAGAAGUCUGCACCCAACAGGAGUAAUUCUAGAAGUAUCUUUAUCAGUUUCAUUUCAUCCAGAAUUCACAACUGUAGAUGAUCGAAUAUUUAAUAUGCAAUGUUUCCAUCAAAAGAAAAUAAAUGGAACAUCAACUUCCUUGGCAAUUGGAUCUCCAAAACCUCCUCCAUCAGAUACCAAAGGACCAAGUUGUUCAUAUGAAGUAUUAACAAGUCCCGGAGGGUUACCUGCCGGUCGGUUGGCUCUUGGACAAGACGUUUAUCAUUCAUGGCAGUGCCAAAAUGUUUAUGAGUCAUGCAUAAUGAUCGAAAACUGUGAGCUUGUUGGUGGUGAAGAAACUCACGAAGUAAUCGAUUCAUCUGGAUGUUCAAAACAUGAAUCAAUAAUGCCACAACUUGAAUAUCACAAUCGAACUCAUGUGGGAACAUCUGUUAAAGUAUUUGGAGUAUCUCAUACUUCAAUUGUAUAUUUUGCAUGUCAAGUCCGUCUUCAUCCACAACUUCCAACUGGGGAAUGCCCUAAACCAAAAUGUGAUUUGAUGAGGAGGAAAAGAGAAGACUCAUCUCAAUUUCCAUCCAUUGAUGUUCGAAGUCAAAAUCUAGAAAUAUCUCAAUUGAUCAACAUCACAUCAUCUACAAUGACUCCACACCCAACAGAACCACCAAUUCAACACACAUGUCCGGAUAUCCACGUGGAAACUGAAUCAAUUGAAGAGGCUUCAGAAUCGAAGGCACUUGACGAAGAAAGAAUAUGUGCAGAUUUUAGAUCAGUUCUAGUUGUUAGUAUUUUAUUAACAGUGGCCUUAAUCCUGAUCACAACGACAAUUGUGAUUCUCAUUGUUCGCCGACAAAAAUAUGAAAUCGCCAGCAUGUCAUAAUUUGCUCAUUUUGUCAUUUUUGCUCCAUUUUCCAACUCCGAUCUCAUUUUGUUAUCUUUGACAUUUUCUCUCUCUCACUUUUCUGACUUUCUCUCUUUACGGAUUCUCUUUUCCGGUGCGCCUUUGGCCAUUCCCAUUGACCUAUGUUCUUAUCUGCCAUCACAGGGUUCUUUUUUCUUAAACUUAUUUAUUUUGGUUGGAAAAGCAAUGAAAGUUUUCC